AGUCUAUAGUAAACCUGCGCGGGAUUCGAACGCCCGUCGCUGUUUUUAAAUUGCCGCGAAAUAGUUUUCGAUUUUCGAACUCGUGAUAUUUUUAAAAUUUCCCUCAUCGUGCAUUUGUGUUGUGCUCUGAGCGUUGGAACGGUUGAAAACUGUGAUAAAGUCUUCACUAGUGCUGCGGUACUCAUACGUUUUUCCCUGUGAUUUCGGAAUCAUUUUCGAUAACUCUGGUCAGAGUAUUCGAAAAUGAUCUCAUGACAUCACUCGAUAAUUUAUGUUCAAUGAAAAACCAAUUGAUCCCGUAUGAGUGAGCAUGGAAGCUUCGUCGUCGGACUACAGCGAUGAAGAAGUGGGCGUUCUCGCGCGCGGACAGAAACUGUGGGUGAGAGGUGUGCGUGCGCAUACAACCUGCGCCGACAUCGUACGCGCCUUGCAAGAUGCACCUGAAGGAGGCAGCGGGAUAUGUGAUCAAGGAGAAUGGGUUCUAGCGGAACGAUGGCGUGGAGUCGAACGACCUCUGCCGCCCGACGUGCCAGUAUUGCAUGUCUUAGCAGCUUGGGGAGAUGCCAGACACGAGGUUCGUUUGUCACUACGCCGAGUAUCCAGCGGUGGAGAGGAUGACUCUGGUCGAGACAGCGAUGGAGGCAGCAGAAGCGGAGCUAGGCGAAGACGCAGAAGAGGAUUAAGAACUAGCACUCCACCACCUAGAGCCAAGAGCGAAGAUCCUGCCACCAGACUGGUCUCCGUUAUACAACACCAAAGUAGAACUAUACAUCAGCAACUGGACAAAUUAAGGGAGCAAGAGAAACUCAUAGACCACCUCGAAGACCAGACACAUAAAAAUCGAAUGGAAAAACAUGGUACCAAUUAUUUACUAGAGUCCUACCUACGUGACUUGGGCAGAUGCAACGAGAUAAACGACAGUCAAGCAGGUAACAGUGACAGCGGGGUCGGCGUAGGCAGUGGAACACCACCCAGAAGACACACGAAACACAAGAGCAGACGAGAAAGACAUCUAAUGAGGGAGCAUUACUUCACAAAAGAACUCACGGAUAUAUGCCAAGUGAACGCUGAAAGGCUAACUCAAACUCACAACGACACAGAUUCUGACGCCUCAACAGAUGAACUGGCAAGGUUACGAGAGGAAAUCGAGCUUUUGGAGAAACUUGCAAUUAUAAAUAAGCGAUUGCAUCGCGAAGAAGAAUUAGUUGUCAGACUGACGGCUAAAGUCAAACGAUAUAUGGACGAAAACAAGGCUAACAGCUGCGAAAAUGUUACCCAGGUUACAAUGCUAAUAGAUAAAAUCGAAGAAGAAUUGGGUAAGACUACAAAAGAGAUGCACGACAACGCUAUAGAACUUGAAAAGGCUGACGAAGAAUUAAAAUUAAGAAUGAAGAUGUUGGACGAAUUAACGUUGGCAUUAGAGGAGGAAGAAUUACAGAAUGCAGUUUUAGAAAGACAGUUAAAUGAGGCGUCAAGUCGACAGCCGAUAAUACUUCAAGACAAUUAUGUACCUGUUUUAGAUCAAACCAGUGUCUGUCAGUUCAGCCAAGGCACUGGUUAUGUUUUAGACACCCUCGUGUAAUUAAGAUAAAGAAAUAUCAUCCCAAAGAUGUACUGACAAAUUACCAAUUGUUUUAAUUAAAUGAGUUCUAGUAAUUGAUUUGGCGCUAUUCAAUACUCCUAUUAAUCUUAAGUUAUGUGUGUAACUUCUUUCUUUUUUCCGGAUAGGAUAAACAGGGAGAUUCAUAUUAAAUAGCAAAGUUAAAUAUACUUGUUUUGGUUUCAACAAGAUAUCAUUUGAAUUACUAAUCUGAAAAAGCUUCCAGUACAUAUAUAAAAUUGUUUUAAAGAGUAUGGAAUAUAAUCAAGACAAUUAUUAUCUCCUUAUAAUGUUCUAAUGUUAAAUUUUCAACUACUCUUUAUUAAAAUAGUUUGUAUUUACACUUAUUAUAAUGCAAGAAAUAUACUUGACUUUAUUAUUAUAUUUUUUACUGGAUUUUUGAAAGGGCAUAUGAGCUAUUAUUCCAAACGAGAUGUUGUAUAUGAAACAGCCACACAAAAAGUAACUGAUGGAGAUAAAGAUGGGACUACAAGAGCUCACGGUCAUGAUAAAACCCUUGAUAUUACUCCAAAAUAUUGUACUAAUAUCAUUUAUAUAGUUGAUUAUCUUUUACGUUUCUUGUAAAUAUUUUUGAUAUAUAAUUAGACAAUAAUAAAUUGGUGCUAAGUUAAUGGUCACGGAAUUACCGUUAACCGGUAUUCUGUUAGAUAUCAUGAGACCUAGAUUUUUCUGGCAUGGUGAGUUGAUAAAAAACUUUUGUUUGAGUGUAUUUUUAUAAAAUAAAAUAAAUUUAAACCCAAUAUGGAUGACGACUGGGUAACAAAAAAAAUGAAAUUCUAUUUAGUCCGUCGGUCAGAUAAUAGAUAAUAUUAUAUACGUUUUUUUUUUGUUAGAAUUUAAACAAGAAAUGGCUUUGAUAAUAAGCAUUAAAGUUGAGGAGUACAAAAACGCGAGUGCUUGCGACAUUUCAACUGAAUGUAUUGCCGUAAUUUUUAUUGUUUACGCAAAAAAAAUGUAUGGAAUAUUCUUCAUUAACCUACCUUUCGGACAUACAAACAAAAAUUAGCUAUCAUCGCCAUUGUUAAAGUAGACAUUAAAUAUUGCUAGUAUUUAAUUGUAAAAAAAAAUGUUAUCCUGGUAUAGUCGAAUUCUUUUUAAAAAAAGUAUAAGCCAGAAAAUCAAGGGUCUCGUUAUUGUAAUUACAAUUAUAUAUUCGAGUCCGAUGCCAAAAAUAUAUAACAAAAAACCACCAACCACAAUAUAUUAUUAUAUUUAGUAUUUACCUAGGCUAGUUAAGUAAAAAGUAAAACCGAGUUUCAUUAUCGUACUUCUAGACCAUGGACUAAGAAAUGUACAUUAUUUAUCAAACGUGAAAAAAAGGUUUUCAAAAUUGUAAUGCAUACUUUUUUACACUAUUUACAUUUAAAAAUUAAAGUUUAGUUGACAUCUUGUUUUCAAGUCUGGCGUGUGCUAGAAACGCGCCGCAGAUUUGACUCUCGCUUGAGUCGGUUCGGUCAAAUUUAUUGGUUUAUUUUGAAGUCCGAAGGGUCAUGUGACUAAGAAAAAGUGCUUUACUGAUAAUAAAUUAUUUUUCAUACUAUCGAAAGUUGAUAAAGUCUGAAAUUUCAUUCUAAACCCUUCCUGUAGUUAUAAUAAAUGUUUAUAUGCAAUAUUAUUAGUUAUAUAAGAGAAAAUAAACAACGAUUAUCAAGACAUGUGUUUUAUUAUGGACAUAUAAGAAAUAAACAGAAUAUAAUAUAGCGAAUUCUAUAACCGUUUCUUUGCCUUGGCCAGUGCUAAAUUUUACAACACCACAAUAUUUCUUUGCACAAUUGAAUGAAUUCCCUUUCCUUUCACGUCAUUAACAAACGAAAUGCUAUUUUAUCAUCAAUCUUACCAAUUUCGAUCGUGUCAUCAAAUUCAUUCGAAUUAUAAACGACGCAUUGUAACUUUUAUUAAUGCAAUUCUCAGAAAAAAGUUAUUAUUAUAUCAAUGAGCAUUUUAUACAAAAAUAAAAUUACUAGUACAUAAUAUACAAAAAGACGUUUACAAUAGUUCCUUGUGCAUUUAUUUAAUUUUCAAAUAAAACCAAAAGAGAGAUUUUCCUUAAAAAAAAAAACAAUUUUAAAACCUUUAAAAUCAACUGUGGAAAUGUCAUUUUGUAUUAACCUGAGAUCCUGAUUUAAUGUGCGUAUGUCUUUAUUUAUUUAGUAACAAACUAACGGCAAGUACAAUGUAAUAUGACAAUAUAAAUAAAAAUACAAAAGAAAU